AUGGUCUACUUCCUGGAUGUGGUGAUGGCGAAAUAUGGAGAACUGUAUGGAUCGGCACGCGUCAGUGAGCUGCUGGGUUUGGAUAAAGCCGCUCUGGACUUCAGCUCAGAGGCUCAGAGAGCAAGAGACCCGUACAAAAGGUUGCCCUGUGACUUUAGAUUAAACACUAUUGAUGUGAAGUACCAGAUAUGGAAGCUGGGAGUGGUUUUCACCGACAAUUCCUUCCUUUACCUGACAUGGUAUAUGUUUGUGUCAGUCCUGGGUCAUUAUAACAAUUUCUUCUUCGUUGCCCACCUGCUAGACAUCGCCAUGGGCUUCAAAACACGGCACACCAUACUGUCAUCUGUUACACAUAAUGGCAAACAGGUACUACAUUUGAUGUGUGUUUGUGUGGUUGUGUAUCUUUACACUGUGGUUGCCUUUAACUUCUUCCGCAAAUUUUACAACAAAAGUGAAGACGGCGAACCAGUGGACAUGAAAUGUGAUGAUAUGCUCACAUGUUACAUGUUCCACAUGUAUGUUGGUGUGCGAGCCGGAGGAGGGAUUGGAGAUGAAAUCGAAGACCCGGCUGGUGACCAGUUUGAGUUCUACCGUAUCAUCUUUGACAUCACUUUCUUCUUCUUCGUCAUUGUCAUCCUUCUCGCCAUCAUUCAGGGUCUGAUCAUUGAUGCAUUUGGCGAGUUGAGAGACCAGCAGGAGCAGGUUAAAGAGGACAUGGAGACUAAGUGUUUUAUCUGUGGCAUUGGGAGCGAGUACUUUGACACAGUGCCCCAUGGCUUCGAGUCGCACACGCUGCAAGAGCACAACCUGGCCAACUAUCUGUUCUUUCUGAUGUAUUUCAUCAAUAAGGAUGUCACAGAACAUACCGGACAGGAAUCAUACGUGUGGAAGAUGUUCCAGGAACGCUGCUGGGAGUUCUUUCCUGUUGGAGACUGUUUCCGUAAACAGUAUGAGGAUCAACUCAGCUGA